UUCCACAAACAGCAUGCUACUUGUCUCAAAAACACAUUACGCACACAUUAUUUUGUGGCAUCUAAGAAUACAUAAUAUUUGAAAAUCAUAAAAGAACAAGAAGUGGAAAUAGCAAAAAAAAUGGGAGAGCGGUGUUGACACUGAAUAAAAGUGAGGAUGUCUGUCCAGUAUCCUAUCAACGACCCUGAUGAUCACGUUCUUGUGAACCUCCGUCAAACUAUACUAGAACAAGCCAUUGCUAACAGAGUCCCAGAUGACACAAACACUGUCAGACUGCCAUUUAUAGGGCGCAUUCACUUUGUCCAUGACAGGACGGGGGUCAUGCUGCUGUCGGGCAUAUUUGCCUAUUGGCUGUAUGGCAUGUGGUCCUCAUACUAUGUAAUUCUGGAGCCACAUUAUCAAGAUGGCCAUGUGUCCCUGGGGUUUAUGAUAUUCCAUGUAUUUAUUGCUGUAUUAUGCCUGAGCUCAUUGUUGAGAGUUGCCACAUUAAAUCCUGGAAGAGUCCCUGAUAUUGACCCCUAUGUUGCACAGGGGAAAGGCUGGGAGCCAUGUAAGACCUGUAUGAGGUGGAGGCCACCUCGGGCCCACCACUGUCGCCGCUGUCAACAGUGUGUUGUACGCAUGGACCAUCACUGCCCAUGGAUCAACAACUGUGUUGGGGACGGUAACCAUCACGUGUUCUCCUUGUUGCUAUUCUACUCCUUCCUGUUCAGUCUCAACACGUUUGCUGUCCUCAUGUUGCAUUUCUGGUGGUGGCCCAAGUGUGUAGCAUGCAAUCAGGAGUCGUUUCCAGUGAAACAUGGCCUCUGGUUUUCAUAUCUCAGUUUUAUUAUGGCGUCUACCAUGGCCUACUUCAUGUUGAUGCAAGUGAUAGGUCACCAUUUUAACUUGUUACUGAAUUUGACUACUCUUGACACCAUGAAGAUUAAGGGAGUUGAUGACGUGAAUUUAAAUCAGGUUCAUGUUCGAUCUUGUUGUAGUGCCUACUUUGAACACUUUGGUACAGCAAAGUUCUUCCUUUGGCCAAACCCAUGUAGACGCAAGAGAUCAAACCUGGGGACUAACAUGAUAUAUGCAUAGCAUUUUGUACGUGAUAUUAUGAUACGCACUCUGUGAAAACUGCUCUUAAUACAUGUGCAUAAAGUGUCAUCCCAGAUUAGCCUGUGCAGUGUGCACAUUCUUAAAUGGAACGAUACUUUUUGCUUAAACUUAAUUUUUGUUAAGACAAGACUCAUAUGGUACGAAAAUUACCAUGUGAGCGGAAAGUGUGAUCCCUGAUUAGUCUUGCUGACAACACGUUAUGCAGAUGCCUUAACCCUUUCAGUGCGGGAACCGAAUUUUAAAGGUCUUUGCAAACAGUUUGGAUCCUGAUGAGACGCCACAGAACAUGGCGUCUCAUCAGGAUCCAAACUGUUUGCUAUUCUGAUAGUAUUCUUGGAAAAAAAUAGAAGAAAAUGCUAAUUUUAGAAAUUCUGCAGAGGACACUUUAGCAGACGACACAUUUCCCAGCAUGCAAAGGGUUAAGCCCGGUUUUCAUAGAACGAGGCUAUUGUAUACUAGACUCGAUUGUAUAUAAUUAUUGUAGGUUGUUAACGUUUUUAAUCUUUAUAAGCAAGUAUAUGCGAUUGUAUAACUUUUUUCAAAACGGAUUAAAAUUUCAUUAAUCAGAAAGUAAAAUAACACUUUAGAAAAACGACAACCACUUUACAAAGGAAAUACAAGAUUUAUUCAAUUGCAAACUCCGUUAUGCACAAAAGACAUGUACACUAUUGGGAAAUACCCAUUAGUCUGUUUAGAUUUUUAUACAACACAUGACACAACUGUGGUUCUCAUACAAAGACUAGUAUCACACACCGUUUGUUUAUCUGAGUAGAAUUAGGUAAAUAAUUGACAGUGCCAUAAAAAGGUUGUUGUUUAAUUUUUAUUUUACAUUCCUCGUUAUAUGGUUAUAUUUAUAUGUUGGUGUAAAAUUGCGAGAAUAAAAUAUUGGCAUUGAAAUUUUAUAUACUCAUUGAAGUCAUUCACAUAUGUUAUUCUCCAUAUAUACCAAAAACAAUAUGAGGAGGUAUGAAUGAAAAAAAAAAUGUGAGGAUUUGAUUGUAAUAUGAUUUUAAGGUAAAUAAUACUUUGUCAAUUGACAAAGCUUCAUUAAAAAAUGAAUCAAAUAUUGUCUAAUGAUAUUAUUGUGUUGCAAUAUUAGGUAUAGUUUAUUAUGUCAAACAUUUUAAGUUUAUGUCAAGUUAAAGAGUUUCUUAUGAUACCAUUUAUAAUGCUCAAUCCUUCACUUUCUUUGUAAUAUGUAUAAACUAAAACAGUGCUACGUCUCUACGCAGAUGCAUUUAUCCCGAUUUUCAUAUUUUUAGAAUCAUGAAAGAUUGUAAAUACAUAAAAAGUUUUUGCAUUUUAUUUCCGAAAUUAGGGAUGUUGAGUAUAUUUAUUUCUAUAUUUAUAAUAUUUGUUACAGAAAUUCCUUUAAGCAAACAGCUCAGACCCUGAUGAGUCGCCACAUCAUGCUGGCUUCCAAGGCCUUUUUUCUAAACGCAUAAAUGGGUUAAAUAUGUGGUGUUGUACGAUGGCAUCAAUUUAUAACAUUUUAAAACUGGGUUAGAACAAUCGUACAUGUCUUGAAUUGAAGUAUUUGAUGCGAUUAUUAAAAAAAUUUGUUAAUUGACUGAUAAAGUUUGCAAAUUAUUACCAAACGAUAACAGUGUGUGUUAUCCAGACAUAAAGGACUAGAAUGUGUGAACAAAAGCUCUAGCAGUACACUGAUGAACAGAGUAGAUCUCUCUCUUAUUGUUUUAAAUUUUUAUAUGAUUUUCAAUGAUUGGUUUUGAUACACUUGUUUUAAAAAAAAUGUUGUAUAUAAAUUAAGAUUCUUUAUUUACACCAGGUAAACUUUGUUGAAUGCAAAGACUUAAAUCUAAUUGAACAAGUUCUUUAUGUAUGCUGUGAUUGCUAAACGAAGUUUAAGGUGGUAUAUAGGAGUGAACUUGUCUGUCUGUUGGUCGAUCUGUCUGUCUGUCCUUAUUAAGUGUCCGCUCUCUAAUUCAAGUAGUUUUCAUCCGAUCUUCACCAAACUUGGUCAGAAGUUGUAUCUACAUGAUGUCUAGGCCAAGUUCGGACAUCGGCCUUGCCGUGUCAAAAAUUAGGUCACGGGGACACUAAGUGCGUUUUAAACAUUCAGCAUGUUGUCCGCUCUCUAAUUCAAGUAGUUUUCAUCCGAUCUUCACCAAAUUUGGUCAGAAGUUGUAUUUACAUGAUGUCUAGGCCAAGUUCGAACAUGGGCCUUGCCGGGUCAAAAACUAGGUCACGGGGUCACUUAGUGCGUUUUAAACACGCAGCAUGUUGUCCACUCUCUAAUUCAAGUAGUUUUCAUUUGAUCUUCACCUAACUUGGUCAGAAGUUGUAUCUAGAUGAUCUUAAGGCCAAGUUCGAACAUGGACCUUGCCGGGUCAACAACUAGGUCACGGGGUCACUUAGUGCGUUUUUUAACAUUCAGCAUGGUGUCCUCUCUCUUAUCCAAGUAGUUUUCAUCCGAUCUUCACCAAACUUGGUCAGAAGUUUUAUCUAGAUGAUCUGAAGGCCAUGUUCAUACAUGGGCCAUGCCAGAUCAAAACUAGGUCACAGGGUAACUUAGUACGUUUGCACAUUGAGCAUGGUGUCCAAUCUCUAUUUCAAGUAGUUUAAAUCCGAUCUUCACCACACUUGGUCAGAAAUUGUAACUAGAUGCAUGUUUGAAUAUUGGUCAUGCCGGGUCAAAAACAAGGUCACGGCGUCACUUAGUGCGUUAUAAACAUCACAAUGUUGUCCGCUCUCUAAUUCAAGUAGUUUUCAUCCAAUCUUCACCAAACUUGGUCAGAAGUUGUAUCUAGAUGAUGUCUAGGUCAAGACUGAAUAUGGGUCAUGCCGGGUAAAAAAACUAGGUCACGGGGUAUCUUAGUGCGUUUUAAACCUUACCAUGUUUUCCGCUCUCUAAUUCAAGUAGUUUUCAUCCAAUCCUCUUACAAACUUGGUCACAAGUUUUAUAUAAAUGAUCUCUAGGACAAGUUUGAACAUGGGCCAUUCCGGGCCUAAAACUAGGUCACGGGGUCACUUAAUGCGUUUUUUAACAUUCAGCAUGGUGUCCACUCUCUAAUUCAAAUAGUUUACAUCCGAUCUUCACCAAACUUGGUCAGAAGUUUUAUGGAGAUGAUCUUAAGGCCAAGUUAGAACGUGGGCCUUUCUGGGUCAAAAACUAGGUCAAGGGGUAACUUAGUGUGUUUUAAAAAUUGAGCAUGGUGUGUGCUGUUUUUUGUGAAGACGACAUGCAAAAUAUUAUGUGUCAAUGCGGCAUGUGGGGGUAUUCGUCACGUCUGUGACAAAGCUCUAGUUUAUUCUGCAUAAUAAUCUAUUUUUAUAAUUCCUUACAUUCAUGGCAGAUCCAUUGCAUAAAAUAUUAUCAGGAAAAUGGUAAUUACAUCCAAAAUAAAAUUGCAUGUAUGGCUUUUAUCCCAAUUAUGAUUGUGUGUAAAGUUGUAAACAGUGUUUACAGUGCAAUAGAAACAAAUUAGUUUCAUUAACUAAAGAAGCACAAUAGUGAUGAGGUCAAAUGAACAGUGAUAGAAUAACUCUGACAUGAAAACCAGAGGCAGAGCCUAUUAUCCUGGCUUUGGAAUGAAAGUGUUAAUAGAAUUAACAGAUUGUGUUGUAUACAUGUACUGGUUUCUUUAAACUGGCUCUGAAUUUAUUAUGUGCUUUAGAUAAAUUUUGGAUUCACAUUUCAAGUGUUGUUUUUUAGUAUCAAUGUUUGAAUACAUUUUCUUAGUGUUUAGCUUAGGUUUAACCGAUACGUUUUAUGAAUUAAAGCACUACCUCUGUU